CGAUAUUCAGAUCUCUAUUCUACUGCUCUGUUCAUCUGUCCACCCCCUCUGGCCGUCACAAGCCAACAUUUGAAUGCAUUACACCAUUUCUCGAACCCAGUCUCUUUAGCAGCCUCUGCACCUGAGCUCAGCGUUGUAAGCAAGGAAGCGCAGGCUGUGAUUGGCCCGUUUCAGAAUCUGGAGCUGCCCCGCGAAGGCCGCGCCAAAUUUGCCGUUCGGUCGUGACUCUGCGACUGCGGCUGGCAGCUGCUCAAAAAUUGUCAUUGAACUUUCUCCAUCAAGCCCGAGUCCCCCACCACCCAAGCCAUUUUCCCUUCCACGCUGCACCUUGUUCGAGGUCGAGGGCCUUCAAUGACUUUCCGGUAGUAUCUGUGGCCAGCUCUAGAGAUAGUGAGAGGAUCUCUAGAAGCCAUUACAAACUAAUCACCAACAUUUCAUCCUGAUAUAUACGAUACAUCGCGCGCACCAUCCCGCCAUGUUGGUGACCGCGCCUUUCGCAGAGUUUUGCACUCUGACCAUCGACGAGAUCUAUGGCGAGCUGCCCUCGAGGAUCUACGCAUCGCUUCUCAUGCGAGGCAGAAGCACGAUCCAACAGCUCGCUGGUGACACCGGCAUGAACGCGCGCCAGCUCCGUCACGGUCUCGCCCUUCUUUUGCAGCAUAAUUUGCUGCACUACCAUCUCGAUGCCGGGUCACCCCACUAUUUCUACGAGGCCAAUGUUGAACAUGCUUACAACCUCGCGCGUACGGGGAAAAUCCUUCAGAUGGUCGAGGAGACCCAUGGAGCGGCUGCCAAGGAUGUGAUGCAAACCAUCAUUCUGACCGGCUUAACACGAGUCGGCGAUCUUGUGGAUGCGUACCAGAAUCGAAUCGACAGGAUGAACAGAAUCAAGGAGAAGCUCAAGGCAGAGGAGGAUCCAUUCGGCAAUGGCGUAGAGUCGCAUGAAGUGAACGGCGAGCCCAAGCCCAAGCCAACCCCCCAAUCCAGCAAAUCGGACCCCUUGAUCAGCAGCAUCGCCGACCUGAACAAGAUCAUCUACAAGCUGGUUGAGGCCGAGCUACUUAUUGGGGUUCACAAGACAAGCUUCGAGAGUCCCGAAGACCUGUUGGCGACCAUCGAGUCCGACAUCCAAAAGACAUACCCUGGCGGUGAAGUCAAAGGAAACAAGGCCAAAGCCGAGUACAAGGACAAGGUGGCUGAGGCGUUGCGCAAAAACCGAAGCGAAUCGAGAUCCCUGAAGCGGAAACUGGAGCAGAAUGGCUUGUCUGCAAAGCGACGCAAGCUGUUCGACGGUGCCGCUUCGGCCAAUGGUACGCCUGAUGGAGAGAUGGACCUUGGUAUCGAUCCACAACAAGUGAUGUGUAUCAACUACGAAAAGUGCCUUGUGGAGCUACGGAAUCGUCGCCUCAUGCACUAUGCUGAGGAGGCCUUUGGACAGACGACUUCUUGGGUGUAUGCCUCGCUUUUGAACCUUCUUAGCAAGGACAUCUCUCGCUGCCGCGACGACUCAAUCACCGAUCAUUAUGAGAAGGAUGAAGAGAAACCUGCGCCUGUUGUGGUCACGACAUCACAGCUUCUGGACGUUCUGAAAACCAGCCUUGAUCUUUCUGUGGGGCUCGGCCAAGUGGAUGCCGACAAGAUCUCAGUCACAGCCGCCGAGAAGAUUGCAGAACUGCCGCCGAGGAAGAAGUUCUUCAUUGACGUCCAAGCCGAAGCUGACGCCAAUGCUAGCUCCGAUGAUGAUGAUGAAGGGGAGGAUGUCAAGCCCGCGACAAAUGGUGUUAAGGGGGUGAAUGGGACCCAUGUGACGAACGGCGUCAAUGGGACGGCCAAACGGGUGGACCGCCGAACUCAGCUCCGGCAACACUUGUUGCUUCUAUCAGAAAGCACGCAGGGCUUUUUGCGGCAUUGUGGAGCGGAAGAAUGGACGGUCGACUUUGAACCGUUGAUGGCAGCCUUGCGACAGGCCGAAAUCGAUGCGACCAUUGAGAAUACGGUAGGCCGCGAGGGUGUUCGACUAGUGCGCAUGCUGCGGGCCAAGGGCAAGCUGGACGAGAAGGCGAUUAUGAGCGUAGCUCUCAUGCGAAAAGCCGACAUGUCGAAAAAGCUGGCAGAGAUGCACAAGUACGGUUUCGUUCAGACGCAAGAAGUGCCCAGGGAGGCCAAGGCAGACGUGAAGAAGUCAUUCUUCCUCUGGUAUUUCGACGGCACCAUGGCGCUUGAGCGGAUUCUCGACGUUUCGUACAAGACGAUGAUCCACUCCCUCCAAGUGCUCGAUACGCUUCGGGAGAAGGACCAGCACGUCUUGUCCCUGAUCAAGCGAAGCGACGUCAAGGGUCAAGAGGACGACAAAUUGCGCAAGAUCCAUAAGGAGAAGCUCACUCAGUUUUUGAAGCUCGAGCGGAUGUUACUUGGUCAGAUUCAGCGUGUGGACGACCUGGUCGCCGUGCUGCGGGACUACUAAUCGGGGGAUGGAAGAGCAACACAUAUCAUUCGAUGGAGCUUUGUGCGAUACCAGGUUCUAACUCAUUUACAUGGGCGGCACAAGGGGUAAAAUUUCUGGAAAAGAUACUGGCAUUGGCAGGACAUGUCUUUUUACACACAGCCAAUUAUAGACCUGCCAGUCUUGUUAUGAUAAACAUAAUAAAAACAUUUAUAUAUAU